AAGUUCUACUCUAUACUACUUUUACUUUAAAAUGACGAGCAGCGGCGUGCUUAGAGUUCGCAGCAUUUUCAGGCCCAAGUUGUUCAAAGGCAAAGUGGCCGUCGUCACGGGUGGAGCAACGGGAAUCGGAAAAGCCGUCGCAGAGGAGCUACUUUACUUAGGAUGUUCGGUGAACAUUGCUUCGAGAAACGAGGACAACUUGAAGAACGCCGUCAAAGACUUUCAAGAAAGGUUAUUGCCGGAUAGGGAGAAAAAUCGUGCGACGUACAUGCCCUGCAAUAUCCGCAAAGAGGACCAGGUGAAAACGCUUAUUCAGCAGACACUGGACAAACACGGCAGCCUAGACUUCCUCGUCAACAACGGAGGCGGUCAGUUCCUGUCAGAAGCGAAGAGCAUUUCACUCAAGGGCUGGAAUGCAGUUAUCAAGACUAACCUGACGGGAAAGUUUUUCAUGUGCCAGGAAGCUUAUCAGCGGUGGAUGGAGAAACAUGGAGGAGCCAUUGUGAAUGUGAUAAUCGAAAACUCUCGUGGAUUUCCGAUGGUGGCGCCAUCGGGAGCGGCCAGAGCUGGUGUGGAAAACCUGACGCGCUCGUUAUCGAUCGAAUGGGCCGCAAGUGGAGUCAGAGUAAAUGCACUCAAGCCGGGCUUCAUUUAUUCAGAGUCGGCUGCAAAGAACCAGCGGCAUGACUUGUUCGCCACGAUCAGACUACUACUUCCCGCGAGACGGGUUGGAACCACUCGAGAGGUAUCAUCGGCAAUUUGCUUUCUGCUGUCACCAGGAGCGUCCUACGUGUCCGGCACUACACUAACUGUGAAUGCAGCAGGCACAUUCUAUCCAGCUCUCGCAUAUGAAAUUCCAGAACAUGACCGAUGGCCCAAGCAUGACAGCUGCUCCGAGGAUGGCUUAGAAAUGCUCUCAAAGCCUUAGCAAUCUUUCUACUGCCGUUUUAAAUACUGGAAAAGUGGCCUCCUCGCAGUCGAAUUCAGCAUUAACAACUGAGCAGGGUUGCAAUACAAUCUAAAGCUUGAGGUGCUUCUUGAU